AUGGCAAAUAAAAUACUAGAUCCAAUCUGUAAAUUAUACGAUCCGAUUCGUUAUUCAUUAAACAAGAAAAAAGAGGAUUAUAUUAUCAUCUCACCCACUGUUGGUUCUAAAUCCCAAUUGAAUGAUGGUGGUAGAAUUACCUUCGAAAUAAAUUCAUUAUCGAAUUGGUUGCUUCUUUCCGAUGCUUAUUUCAGAUGCGAUUUCAAAAUUAAAGAUGGAACUCCCAAUGAAAAUCGUGUUCCACAAACUAAUACAACGUUAGAAAACAAUUUCUUUCCAUCUUUAUUUAGCGAGAUGGUUUUGGAAGCUGGUUCAAAUCCGAUAGAAACAAUCAAACAUCCUGGGGAAUUCGACACAAUGUUGAAAACAGUUUUAUAUCCUAAAGAUUUCGAUUCAGUCUCAGGUUGGAUACCCGAUGUUGGUGAUGGAAGUAUUUUAAAGGAACCGGUAAGAAAUCUUGCAAAUGAUGCCGAUUUAGCUAGAGUGAGAGUUGUUGCUCGAAACACGAUAGAAAGAGUAGGACGAGCAGCUAAUCAUGGAUUCGAAAAACGAGUACUUCAGUAUAAUAAUGUUGUUGAGAAUAAUAGGUGGGGUAAUUACGUAAAUUGGAAAUUAUAUCCUUUAUUCGGUCUGUUGGAACACAGAAAAGUUUCCAUAGGCUUACCAUAUAAAAUUCAUCUACAAAGAGAAAUCAACGACGAUAAGAUAUUCUUUGGAGAGAUAAAGAUAUUGAAAUAG